GGCCCUGGUUGGCAGACGUUUAAGCCCCGCGUUCCUCUGGGCAAAUGUCGCUGGCAAGUCUUGGAUUUUACUAAGACCUAAUAUUGGACUGAAGGACAGAAAUGAUGAGAAGCUGGGAAGGAACCUGAGGCCAAUGGCUUCUGCCGUGAGGAAGAUCUUUGGGGUUAAGGAAAAGACACCCUUCGGUUUCUGUGAUGGCCCACAAAUGACUGUCUCCGAGUUUUUCUUUGGUGAAUAUCCCAGCUAUCCAAAAUACCAUACAACAUACCGGCCCGUGGGGCAGAUCCACCGGGUUGCAGCCAAGGGCGAUGCGGGCCAGUUGGAAGUUCUCAUCACGCUUGGAAAGUGCAGUGUGUACGACCGAGACUACAAGAACAGGACAGCUCUGCAUUUUGCCUGUGUCUAUGGCCGGCUGCCAGUGGUGAACAUUCUGGUGAAUAAUAAUUGUGAGAUUGAUGCCUUCGACAAGAACCACAUCACACCUCUGAUGAAGUCUGUCCAAUGCUGGAAACAGAAAUGUGCGGCUAUCCUGCUGGAGCACGGUGCUGAUCCGAACAUCCGGGACAACAGUGGUAACAGCGCCUUGCACUACGCUGUGUACAACGGGCACGAAGAGAUGGUGGCACUCCUGCUCGACUACCAUGCUGAUAUCGAGCAAAAAACCAAAGAUGGCUUCACACCACUUUUGCUGGCACUCAGGGAAAAGAGGGUAGAGGUGGCAGAAUUUUUAGUAAAAAAAGGAGCAGAUAUACAUGUUGUAGAUGACAUGCAAAGAAAUACCUUGAUAUAUGCUAUACGAUGUGGAUCAAAAGAUAUAGCUACAUUACUUCUUCAGAAAGGCGUUGACUUCUUCUGCAAGGAUGUCUUUGGAUGGACAGCAUUACGCUACGCUAUUGAAGGCCACUGUACUUUUAGACAGGUGCUUAUGGAUUUUGAAGAAAACAUGCAUAAUAAAAAAAAAGAUAAUGAACCAGGAAUUGAACCCAAGACAACCUCCAUUUUAGAACAAAUGGAUUCUGGAAAUGACUCAUUAGCCGGGAUUUCCAGCUGUCCUAGUCCUGGAAGCCCUUGCCUGCCACGAAGGAAGACGAAUACAACUGUGAUACCAAGAGUACCUCUGAGAGUGCUCCUCUGAACAGUGCUGACAAUUCAUCUGUGGCUACAGCCAAAAUAUUUGAACAUAUGGCCAAAAGAAAAGUGGAAGCAUGGGUUGAGAAAGAUUUGUCCUUAAAG